GUUUUGAUGCUUGUGGCUAGACCGUCGCGACGAAAUAUCGAGCGCCCCGAAUAAUUUCAAAACGUGAGGCGAACUCCGCCGAUGGAGAACUUCCACUAUGACGUGAAAGAUGCGCUCCCUGUUCCGAGACCGUUCUCGGCCCGGAAUGCGCCACAUUUACGCGAACAAGUCGAACUCGGUAAUUUCUGCCUUAAAGGCGACAGACAGUACGUUUGCGACAAAUCCCGGAUGAUGUACUUGAUUGAACCGCAGAGCUAUGAGAAUGUGAAUUGGGAUCUGAAUAUGGCGUUUGAGAGCCGUAUACGAAAAAUGAGCAAUCUGGGAGAGAAAAUUGAUCAUCUCCUUCGGUGGAUCAUGGACAAUGUUGAGAAAUUCCGAGCACCAUGCGAUAGAGAGAAACUGUCGAAUCUGCACACAGAUUUCGUCUGUUAUCGCGGACUGCUGACCGCGAUCAUGUGUUCGGUAUUCGAGAAUAAGGAGUCAUGGAUCAUGGGAGUGACGAAAUAUCGGGGCUCGAUAUACAUGUGCCAAUACGAUACGGCCGAGAAAAUACAUCGCGAGAAAUUCCAGCCGGAACGACUAAUACGAGCUUCCGGCUGGGGCUACAAAUUCGAGCAGUUCCUCACUGCUCCUAAACCUGGAGGAAGACCAACACCAGAAGAGCCAAAUAACGAGAAAGAGGAGUAUGUGUCUGUCGUCAGGACGAGAUUAGGCGAGAGCCACUCCCUACUCUUCGGUGCGGAAAUCGACGCAGUAGAUCCCAAAGUUCUACAAAAGAAACCUCAUCUGAAGCAUUCUACUCGACGAUACGUGGAGAUGAAAACCUCCAGGCGGAUUGAUAACGACCGACAGAACGAGACUUUCCUACGGUACAAAACGAUCAAGUGGUGGGCCCAAAGUUACUUGAUUGGCAUUCCGAGAGUGAUAUGUGGGUUUCGGAACGACGACGGCAUUGUGGAACGUCUAGAGAGUUACCCUCUGGGCACACUAGCUCAUUUAGGCAAGAGGUUUUGGAGGCAGGAAGACUCGGUGCAAUUUUUACACACUUUCUUACAUUUCGUUAAAAAACAUGCCGUGGAUGAUAGAAUCACGCUUUUCGAAUUCAUGCCAAGCAGCCACAAGAUCAAGUGCAUGCUGCUGCCGGAACAUUCACACGAGUUCUCGCAGCUUCGAAUAUUGCCGCCUUGGUACACUGAUUUCAUGGACGGCGUUUUGGAAUAGGGGAGGCUAAGGGAAUAUCGCGAACGCCUCACGAAGAAGCCCGACAUCGGAAAACCCAAGUCACUGGUGGCCAUGACGAUGUCACCUGGGCCUUCCCCCGUCAACCUCGGGAAAGGAAGCGGAAGCUCUCUUCCAUGGGAAUGGGAACACAUAUGACUUUCGUUUAUUACUUUCCGAGCCUUUGUAGCGCAAGAUCAUCGCUUGUGCGUUACAUUAUGUCAGGAUUGUGUCGAGGAGACCGGGAGAACGCUCUGUAUAAUCUCUGUAUAUAAAAAUCGCAUGUAUGUCUGUUUGUUCGCUAUGAAUCACAAUGCCACAGAACCAACAGCCUAGAUUUUCGGAGAAUGCGAUCACGAUACUUCUGUGGAGGUUUACCCAGAAUAAAAUUUUACUUUAA